CUAUCAUUAUAUAUAUUUACAUUUCUGGCGGCAACCAUUCUUCACGGACUUGUUGUGCUACCAGGACUAUACCUGGCGAUUACGAGAGGAAAACUGGGUUCUUUUUUUAGAAACAUGAUACAACCGAUAUCCAUGGCUUUAGGGCUAGCCUCCAGCUCACAAACGGUGCCUGCUUUGAUAGUUGCGCUAGAAGAAGGACUGCAGAUGGAUCCGCGAAUGGCCAGGUUCCUUGGUCCUGUCGGCUCCACUGUGAACAUGGAUGGCACUACUAUUUACCUGACCAUUACACUUAUAUUCUUUGCCCAAAAGGAUGCCAUGUCACUUGGUGUUCUUCAGUAUAUCACCAUUGGGCUAACAUGUGGACUGGCCAGCCUAACCACGGCUCCAUCAGGUGUGGCGAUCGAUGCGGCUGUUCACUACAUCAGCAUGUCCUUCAACAUCCAGUCGCAAGACAUCGGACUGCUCUCCUAUACAAACUGGAUAAUGAGCCGAAUAUCCACUGCUUUGAACGUUAUCGGUGACGUUGUCGUCGCAAGCGGGACGCAAGAAUUAUGCAAGAAAACACUUGCUGCAGCGAAAAGCCCGGAUGUUGGCUCAGAGAUUGCCGCACCUGUGGAAGACGUCAUUCCACAACCCCACUGAAUACCUAAUGGUGCAGUUUUAUAAAUUGUUUUAAUGCACCA